AUGAUCAGCAACAGCAGCAGCAGCAGCAGCAGCAGCAGCAGCAGCAGCAGCAGCGAUGAGGUGCUACCCUUUGGGCGAGAGGUCCCCGUCAACACAUCGCAGCAAUCAGUGCGGGCUCAGCCAGUUGUUGAAUAUAUACAGUAUGAGUAUGAAGCUGCUGCUCCUGCUGCAGCAGCAGCAGCAGCAGCAGGAGCAGCAGCAGCAGGGAAAAAAACAGCAGCAGCAGAAGCAGGUGUUGUGCGGCAGGCGGGAGGUCUGAGCCAUCUUCAUAUCCUUUUUUUGAUUUCUUUGGCCCCUUAUUUGGCGACGAUUGUAUUUUUGGUGAUAUACAAGAAGAAGAAGAAGAAGAAGAAAUAG